ACUAUUUUUAUUUGAUGUUGGUACAUUAAACAGACAAACACAGCUAUAUAUUUUUUUGUAGAUUAUAUUUGCAUGCAUAAUCCGUGAAAUUCGAUUAAAAGUGCAAGUUGUGCUGUGAGGAUCAAACUGACCCGGCAUCGUUUCUUUAGUGCGCUGAAGUUUUUCCAAAGUUUCAGAGGCUAUAGCUCCUGGGCUGAAGUGUCCCCAUGGUGUCAUUACAAUGAAUAUGAAUAGAUACUCCUUUGGUCAAUGGGACAGUCAAAGCACACCGCUCCAGAUAAUGGGGACGUCAUCCUAACAAGACCGUUAUGAAAAGAGGGGCUCCUUUUGUAUGGCCCCUCUCUAGGCGCACUAUAAAUACGGAGAGCUGUGAUGCGUCGCCACAGAGCAAGAGGUGCGACUCAGAACGAAGUUAAACCAGGCAGCAGGCCUAGGUCUAUAUCAAACCGACUGCAAGAAAAAAAAGUCUCCAGUGGGAUAAAUCAGGUGAUCAAGCAGGAGUGACUUCAAAAUAAAAACGAGGCAAGGGAAAGAGACAACCUCCUAUACCCAAGCCCUGCCAUAAAAUGAAUUCGGACUCCAGCUCCAGCAGAGCUUCAUCUCCAGAUAUGGACCUGAUGUACCUACGCGAUCAUCUCCACCAGCCACAAGACGGACGCCUGAAUUCAGUGUCCUCCACGCAAAACGAGCUCCUGCAGAAGAUGGCGAGCGAGCACCUCUCCAAAUCGCCAUCCGGAAGCAAGUACAAACUCAAGAAGCAGGUGACGGAGAAUGAGAUCCAGCAGCUGCGCUUAAAAAUCAACGGCAGAGAGCGCAAGAGGAUGCACGACUUGAACCUGGCGAUGGACGGGCUCCGAGAGGUCAUGCCGUACGCCCACGGCCCGUCGGUGAGAAAGCUCUCCAAAAUCGCCACCCUUCUGCUGGCCAGAAACUACAUCCUGAUGUUGACGAGCUCUCUGGACGAGAUGAAGAGGCUGGUUGGAGAGAUUUACGGGGGUCAUCAUUCGGCGUUUCACUGCGGGACGGUGAGCCACACCGGUGCGCACUCGGUGAGCGCUGCGCACCAGGUGCAUCCCCUCCUCGGGAGCGCGCUAUCCUCGUCCACCUCCUCUGCGCUUCCCACCACGUUACCUGGACUUACAUCCAUCAGGGGGCCGCACUCUAUGAUGAAAAGCACCCCUGCCCCACCACUGCACCUCGGGGGCGGUUUUCAGCACUGGGCAGGCUUGCCUUGUCCGUGCACUAUUUGCCAGGUGCCACCACCUCCUCACAUUCCCAUCACUUCGACAGGACUGACGAGGCUUUCUGAAAACAAGGAAAUGAUGAAGUGAGCGCGAUGUGACACGGUGUAGUGUCGGUGAACUGUAAAUUGUGAACGGACUGGAUUCAGAGCUUAGCAUGAUGUGUUUGUCUGUCUGUUUGUCUGCUUUACCCCUUACGAAUUCAGAACUUCGUCCUUGUAACAAGGAUCUCGUCAAAUGCAUUGUAAG